UGGGCCAUGGAGUUCUCGUUCGAUGUGGAUGCGCUGCUCCCGGAGCGGAUCACGGUGCUGGAUCAGCACCUGCGACCCCCAGCCCGCCGACCCGGAACCACAACGCCGGCCCGUGUUGAUCUGCAGCAGCAAAUUAUGACCAUUGUAGAUGAACUGGGCAAGGCUUCUGCCAAGGCCCAGCAUCUUCCUGCUCCCAUCACCAGUGCAUCAAGGAUGCAGAGUAACCGCCAUGUCAUGUAUGUGCUCAAAGACACUUCAGCGCGACCGGCUGGAAAAGGAGCCGUUAUCGGCUUCCUUAAAGUUGGAUACAAGAAACUCUUUGUACUGGAUGAUCGUGAGGCUCACAAUGAGGUAGAACCACUGUGCAUUCUAGACUUUUACAUCCAUGAAUCACUUCAGCGCCAUGGCCAUGGGCGAGAACUCUUCCACUAUAUGUUGCAGAAGGAGCGAGUUGAACCACACCAACUGGCCAUUGACCGACCCUCACCGAAGCUGCUUAAGUUCCUGAAUAAACAUUACAACCUGGAGACCACAGUUCCACAGGUCAACAACUUUGUGAUCUUCGAAGGCUUCUUUGCCCAUCAGCAUCCUCCAGCAAGAAAGCUGCCACCCAAGAGAGCAGAGGGAGACAUUAAGCCAUAUUCCUCUAGUGACCGAGAAUUUCUGAAGGUAGCUGUGGAACCUCCAUGGCCCCUAAACAGGGCCCCUCGCCGUGCUACACCUCCAGCCCAUCCACCCCCCCGCUCCAGCAGCCUGGGAAACUCACCAGAACGGGGUCCCCUCCGCCCCUUUGUGCCAGAGCAGGAGUUGCUGCGUUCCCUGCGCCUCUGCCCCCCACACCCUACCGCCCGCCUUCUGCUUGCUACCGACCCUGGGGGCAGCCCAGCCCAACGUCGGCGCACCAGCUCCCUUCCCCGUUCUGAUGAGAGUCGAUACUGACAGAUAGUUACCCCCCCCUUCCUUCCCUGGGAGACCUGGGGUAGGCAGAGCCCCUUCUCCCUGAGAACCCCAGGUCCACUUUUCCAUUGUAGUCCCCAGGUUCCAGCGGAACCUGACAGCUCGUAGGAUUCCCUCUUCCUCUUUCUUGGGCAAAGGUGUUGUCAGGGUCCCAGAUGGCCUAAUACUUUUUAGCUUUUCUUACUGUAGAAAGCACGCCUUCUUUCCUAAGUGGGCUCUGAACACUCCCACAAGAUAGCCUGAUUCGCUGCCAGAUCCCUUGGUUGGGUGGCUCAUACUCAUUAUCCAGAGAAGCACACUCUUGCUUGCUAUUAGAAUCUAGAACAGCUUAGGAAGGUCCAAGGGCCUCCUAUGCCAGGGAAACCUUUUAAGGAGUCUUGUCCAUGGAGUAAAUCCCAUAGUCCUUCUACAGUGUUACUGGUGGCUCAAAUACUAUUUUGUGCUGCCUACCACACUUAUCUUCUCAGCAUGCUGAAGCCAGCCAACGAGCUUUGCUUCAGAGCAGUUCAGUGAUAAAGGACAGGGUCCCCAAAGGGAUCGACUCAACAUUGCCAAACUUUUAAU